UUGAUACUCUCUCUGUCUUACUCUCCCUUCGACGGUCGACCCCAUUGUCAGGGCAAAGCUCAACCCCAGGAAUUUUCACUCCAAAUCAUUACUGCGUGCCUGACUCAGCAUCCCUCCACGUGUCCCUCCCUCCCUCCACUAACACUGAACUGAACAGUGAACAGACACGCCCAACUGCCUCAAUUCCCGCUUCCUCUGCUCUUCUGUCUCCCCCACGAACAUAUAACCUCGGAAGCAGAACAAGAGCAAGAAAGAAGGGGAAGAAGGAGGAGAGGAGGAGGAGGAGGAGGCGUAGUGAAGGGAAAGGUGGAAGCUUUACUCGAAGAGGAGGCAGCAGAUCAUUUCUCCUUGGUACCCUUUUGUGCAUUGUUACCGGUUGUGUCGAUUGUGCAGUUGUUUUUUUCCCAGUUGAAGUAGCGGCAGCAGCAGGGGAUUUUAAUGGCGUCCCUGCUGUCUUCUCCCUUCACAUUGCCGGCCUCCAAGGCCGAUCAGCUCUCCUCAAUCUCCCAGAAGCAUUACUUCCUCCACUCGUUCCUCCCCAGGCGGGCCCGCGUCCAGAGCCCCGCUAAGUCCCCUGUAAGUGUGAGGUGCGCCGUCGUGGGCAAUGGCCUCUUCACCCAAACCACCCCCGAGGUCCGGAGGAUCGUGCCCGACGGCGACCGGAACCUCCCGACCGUGAAGAUCGUGUACGUGGUCCUCGAGGCCCAGUACCAGUCAUCCCUCUCCGAGGCCGUCCUUGCCCUCAACAAGAACCGGAGGUACGCCUCGUUCGAGGUUGUGGGGUACUUGGUCGAGGAGCUUCGGGAUGAGAACACGUACAAGACGUUCUGCAAGGACCUCGAGGAUGCGAACAUCUUCAUCGGGUCGCUCAUCUUCGUGGAGGAGCUCGCGCUGAAGGUGAAGGCCGCGGUGGAGAAGGAGAGGGACAGGCUCGACGCGGUCCUUGUAUUCCCUUCAAUGCCUGAGGUGAUGAGGCUGAACAAGCUGGGAUCAUUCAGCAUGUCCCAGCUCGGGCAGUCGAAGAGCCCCUUCUUCCAGCUCUUCAAGAAGAAGAAAUCGUCCGCCGGGUUCGCCGACAGCAUGCUGAAGCUCGUGAGGACGCUGCCAAAGGUCCUCAAGUACCUCCCCAGCGACAAGGCCCAGGACGCCCGGCUUUAUAUAUUGAGUCUCCAGUUUUGGCUCGGUGGAUCCCCUGAUAACUUGCAGAACUUUCUGAAGAUGAUCUCGGGGUCUUAUGUUCCGGUCCUCAAGGGGACAAAGGUUGAGUACUCUGACCCGGUCCUGUUCCUGGACAGCGGGAUUUGGCACCCUCUGGCCCCCUGUAUGUACGAUGACGUUAAGGAAUACUUGAAUUGGUACGGGGCUCGCAAGGACGCAAAUGAGAAGCUCAAGGGGCCUGAUGCUCCUAUCAUCGGGCUGGUCCUGCAGAGGAGCCACAUUGUUACAGGAGAUGAUAGCCACUAUGUGGCCGUGAUCAUGGAGCUGGAGGCAAGAGGGGCUAAGGUGAUACCAAUCUUUGCGGGUGGGCUCGACUUUUCCGGGCCAGUGGAGAAGUUCCUGAUUGACCCUGUGACUAAGAAGCCAAUGAUCAACUCGGUGAUUUCCUUAACUGGAUUCGCCCUCGUCGGAGGACCGGCAAGGCAGGACCACCCGAGGGCAGUGGAGGCACUGAUGAAGCUCGAUGUACCUUAUCUGGUGGCUCUGCCUUUGGUGUUCCAAACCACCGAGGAGUGGCUCAACAGUACCUUGGGGCUCCACCCAAUUCAGGUGGCUCUUCAGGUUGCCCUCCCUGAACUCGAUGGCGGCAUGGAGCCUAUUGUGUUUGCAGGUCGGGAUCCUCGAACUGGAAAAUCGCAUGCUCUUCACAAGAGGGUCGAGCAGCUCUGCACCCGCGCAAUCAGAUGGGCGGAGCUGAAGAGGAAGUCCAAGGUGGAGAAGAGGCUUGCUAUCACUGUCUUCAGCUUCCCCCCAGACAAGGGGAAUGUAGGGACUGCUGCCUACUUGAACGUGUUUGCCUCUAUCUUCUCUGUCCUGAAAGACCUCCAGAGGGACGGGUACCAUGUAGAGGGCCUCCCAGAGAAAGCCGAAGACCUUAUUGAGGACGUUCUCCAUGACAAGGAGGCCCAGUUUAGCAGUCCAAACCUGAACGUUGUCUACAAGAUGGGGAUUCGGGAGUACCAAAAGCUCACUCCAUAUGCCAUGGCACUGGAAGAGAACUGGGGCAAACCUCCUGGCAAUUUGAACUCUGAUGGGGAGAACCUGUUGGUUUAUGGGAAACAGUACGGGAACAUCUUCAUCGGGGUUCAACCUACGUUUGGGUAUGAGGGAGAUCCCAUGAGGCUGCUUUUCUCAAAGUCGGCGAGCCCACAUCAUGGUUUUGCCGCUUACUACUCCUUUGUGGAGAAGAUCUUCAAGGCCGAUGCAGUCCUCCACUUUGGGACCCAUGGUUCUCUCGAGUUUAUGCCUGGGAAGCAAGUGGGAAUGAGUGAUGUCUGCUAUCCAGAUAGUCUCAUUGGGAACAUCCCGAAUGUUUACUAUUAUGCUGCUAACAACCCCUCCGAGGCCACCAUUGCUAAGCGCCGGAGCUAUGCUAACACAAUCAGCUACUUGACCCCACCAGCAGAGAAUGCGGGGCUUUACAAGGGGCUGAAGCAGCUGAGUGAGCUAAUCUCAUCUUACCAGUCGCUCAAGGACACUGGACGUGGCCCGCAAAUUGUGAGCUCAAUCAUCAGUACUGCAAGGCAAUGCAAUCUCGAUAAGGAUGUGGAACUUCCUGAGGAAGGGGAGGAGAUCUCAGCAAAGGAACGGGAUCUUGUCGUCGGGAAGGUUUACUCCAAGAUCAUGGAAAUUGAGUCGAGGCUCCUGCCUUGCGGGCUCCAUGUGAUCGGUGAGCCCCCGUCAGCAAUGGAGGCAGUUGCCACACUUGUCAACAUUGCGGCCCUCGAUCGUCCUGAGGAUGGGAUAUCUUCACUUCCAUCCAUUUUAGCUGAGACUGUCGGAAGAAAAAUUGAGGAUGUCUAUAGAGGGAGUGACAAGGGUAUUUUAAAAGAUGUGGAGUUGCUUCGUCAGAUCACUGAAGCAUCCCGUGGUGCCAUCUCAGCCUUUGUGGAGCGGACUAUCAACAAGAAGGGCCAGGUUGUGGACGUGGCUGAUAAGCUGACCUCGAUCCUUGGAUUCGGGAUAAAUGAGCCAUGGAUCCAGUACAUGUCCGACACCAAGUUUUACAGAGCUGACAGGGAGAAACUGAGGGUGUUGUUCGAGUUUCUUGGGGAGUGCCUGAAGCUUGUAGUAGCCGAUAACGAGCUUGGCAGCUUAAAGCAAGCCCUUGCGGGUAAAUAUGUAGAACCAGGGCCUGGUGGGGACCCAAUUAGGAACCCGAAGGUGUUGCCGACUGGAAAGAACAUCCAUGCGCUGGACCCACAGGCCAUUCCGACCACAGCAGCAAUGCAGAGUGCGAAGAUCGUGGUGGAUCGGCUGAUUGAGCGGCAGAAGGCUGACAAUGGAGGAAAAUAUCCCGAGACUGUAGCACUCGUGCUGUGGGGAACCGACAACAUCAAAACCUACGGUGAGUCUUUGGCCCAGGUGUUGUGGAUGAUCGGUGUUAGGCCGGUUGCAGAUACCUUUGGCCGAGUCAACCGGGUCGAACCAGUCAGCCUUGAAGAGCUUGGGAGGCCCAGGAUCGAUGUCGUGGUUAACUGCUCUGGGGUCUUCAGAGACCUCUUCAUCAAUCAGAUGAACUUGCUCGACCGGGCAGUGAAGAUGGUGGCGGAACUCGACGAGCCCGAAGAUCAGAACUAUGUGAGGAAGCAUGCACUCGAGCAGGCGAAAGCACUUGGAAUCGAGGUCAGGGAGGCUGCCACUCGGGUCUUCUCGAAUGCGUCGGGCUCCUACUCCUCGAACAUAAACCUCGCAGUCGAGAACUCAUCAUGGAAUGAUGAGAAGCAGCUCCAGGACAUGUACCUGAGCAGGAAGUCAUUCGCAUUUGACUCGGAUGCUCCUGGAGCAGGAAUGACUGAGAAGAGGAAGGUCUUCGAGAUGGCCCUGAGCUCUGCUGAUGCCACUUUCCAGAACCUUGACUCUUCCGAGAUCUCUCUCACUGAUGUGAGCCAUUACUUCGAUUCUGACCCAACAAAUCUGGUUCAGAACUUGAGGAAGGACGGGAAGAAACCGAGCGCUUACAUUGCUGAUACCACGACGGCGAAUGCUCAGGUGAGAACUCUUUCUGAGACUGUGAGGCUUGAUGCCCGCACCAAGUUGCUGAACCCGAAGUGGUACGAGGGAAUGAUGUCGAGCGGGUAUGAAGGAGUUCGUGAGAUCGAGAAGAGGCUUACAAACACAGUUGGGUGGAGUGCCACAUCUGGACAGGUGGACAACUGGGUGUACGAGGAGGCAAACUCGACUUUCAUUCAGGAUGAGGAAAUGCUCAACAGGCUCAUGAACAAAAAUCCGAACUCCUUCCGGAAACUAGUGCAGACUUUCUUGGAAGCAAACGGCCGCGGGUACUGGGAGACUUCAGAGCAGAACAUUGAGAAGUUGAGGCAGCUUUACUCCGAAGUGGAAGACAAGAUCGAAGGGAUCGAUCGGUAAAUAGUAUCCAGAACAGAGAUUGAAGCUGUUAAUGUGCAGUUUUUAGCAGAGAUAUCGAACUUUUGCUGAUUUUAUUGAGCCCCCCCCCCUGUCAGGAUGAUUGAUGGAUGUAAAUUUUCGGGGGAGAACUUGUAACACGAACACGAAGCUUUCGAACAACUUUCCCCGUGUAAUCUUAUUCAUCUCAGAGGUUGCUCUU